UCAGUUUGCAAGAACGUUUUGUUUGGAUAGCUUCACAAUUCUAGGAGAAUAACUUUAUAAAGAAAAGAGGAACACCUCGAUGAUAUAUGAUUCUGUGUGUGUGUAUUUUGGAGAAGCUUCAUACAAACGUGUAUAAUAACAGUUAACAAAAAAAAGAACCAACUCUUUGGAUAACUUCACCAACAAAAAACAAAGUUUAACCAAUUAAUAAAACAGAGCUACAAGUUUGCCAGAACUUGUUGUUUGAACAGCCUCACCACCAACAACAAAAACAAAAUGACGUCUACGGAAUCGCUGGGUAACGACUCUUUCGGCACGUUCAACUUCGCCGACUUCAACAACUCGUCUUGCGACACCAUGAUCAAAAACUUCAAGCUCAUCAAUUGCGGCCUCGGCACGACACUCGCCGUCAUCGGGUUGUUAGGCAACACUCUCUCCGUGAUCGUCCUGUCCCACAAGAAGAUGCGAAACCCGACGUCGACAUUCCUGCAGUGUCUGGCCGUCUUCGACAACAUCAUCCUGUUGGCUUUCACCUUCGACAUCAUCUCCAUGUACGACAUCAUGCUGUACCAGGUUAUCCUGGUCUUCAAGCGCUGCAUUCAAAGGAUCGCCAUCACCGGAACUGUUGCCAUGACGAUAGUAAUCGCCACCGAAAGGUACAUAGGGACGGCCAAGCCGUUCAGGGGCAGGAACAUGUGCGACGGCCGCGUCCCCUUGUGCAUCAUACUGAUUGUCGUGUUCUUCGCCAUCUUCUUCAACAUACCGUACUACCUUUCGUUUCGUCUGCAUACGGUUUGGGACCCGAUACUGAACGGGUACCGGAUAGUACCGUACUUCACGGAAUUCUGGAGCAGUCCCUUCAUGAAGGUGUACCUAUUCCACAUCAGGCUGAUCUUCCUGUUCGCGCUGCCGUGGUUGGCGAUGUUGGUGCUCAACAUCCUCAUCGUCAGACAGAUCUGGAAGCGACGUUCCGGGAAACUGAAACAGUGGAUUAACACGAACGGGCGAGACAAACGCAUGACCUUGGCCGUGUUUGCCAUGACCACCAUGUUCUUUUUGGCCUACCCAUUCCCUGCUCUGGUGGACAUCUGGAUUACCAGCACGUCGUCCAAAAAAUAUUGCAACAAGAAAGUGGGGACCUUCAAACUCAUCAAGCAGCUUAUGAUAAUCUUAUACUCGGCGACCAAUUUCAUCUUUUAUUGUUUGUUUGGAAAGCAUUUUCGUGAUACCCUCUUUCUGUGUCUGUGUCCGCGCUGCUUUGCGGAGAAACUGGCCCCGCGGUUCAAUCUGGGCUUGAGGAAUUCGCGUGGUUACGUUAACACGAAUUUGAGAAGAUCGUCCGCAUCGGACAAACAGUUCUCGGUUUAAUUUCGUCAUUGUGAUAACUGAAAUGAAAUUCAGCUGAGGCGUGUUCAGGAGAACGAGCGUUCGCUGUCGGUCGCCUGAUUUUGUUUUUAAUUAUUAUUUUUUUAUUAUUAUUAUUAUUAUGUCCGCCUAACUUUAAAUGAAUUUGAUUGAACAGGAAACUCUGUCCCAUGCUCAGCCUGACCUACUUUGGAUAUAGGCAUGUAAAUACAAUUACUCGGUAUUCGGAUAGGAAAGGAUGGAAACGAAUGAAUUUGUUCGCAAGCGCUCGCCCUCCUAAACACGCCAG